AUGGUUGCCUCCUUCAGUGUACCGCCUCUCGAGGCCGACUUUCCUUUUGACAUAAUUUCCCACCUUGUCCCUGUCUCUCCGUUCCGCGAAUAUCCGCGCGCCAUAUUCGAUGAUAGGAAAGGCGUCCAUGUAUCGGUCAAACAAUACAUUCCUCGAAACGAACCGUUCAGAUACGAAGACACUAUUCCGAUUACCAUCCUCGCGUCAGGAGGUGUAGGAUUCAUCAAAGAGCUCUACGAGCCUCUUUUUGCAGAAGUACUAUACAGAGCACGACAGAAUGGAACAACGAUUAAUUCAAUCUGGAUCGCGGACAUGUACAACAUCGGCGAAAGCGCCGUGGCAAACCGACACAACUUGGGUUGCGAACCCUCCUGGAACGACCACUCACGCGAUCUCAUGGGCGUGAUAAACCACUUUCGUGACAAAAUGGCUAGACCGAUCAUCGGACUUGGCCACUCAUUUGGCUGCAAUCAGCUUUUUCACAUGUCGAACUGGCAUCCCAGUCUUUUCCACUCUCUUGCGUUCAUCGAACCAGGCAUUGACCCGAUAUAUGGAAUGGGAACGACAAUAGGCUGGGCAAACGCGAUUCUCAAAUUCAAAAAUGUGUAUCCAACGAGGAAAGAAGCGGAGACCCAAUUGUUCAGAUUGCAUAAUGCCAAAAAUUGGGAGAGGAGCGUGAGGGAACGUUUCAGAGAAUACGGUGUUUAUGAAAGAAGAGGAGAGGACGGUGAAAAGUGGGCCAUUACAACGCCAAAGGACCAACUUGUUGGUUUGAUAGGCCGAAUGAACGCGAACGGCGUUGGUCGCGGGCCUGGUGGUAUAGCUGAUGUGACUCUCGCCGAUCGAGAAUCCGUUCCCGAUGUUGAUCCGGAAGGACAACAAUGGGGUGUUUUCUACAGACCCGAGUUGAAGAAAGCCUGGGAUAUGUUGCCAAAUAUGCGGCCCUGGGCACUAUAUGUUGGUGGAAACAAUUCGCCUGCCUUUGGGUCCGUGAAGGUUCGUGAAGAAAGGCUUCGUUUGACUGGAAUCGGCGUUGGAGGAAAUGGAGGGGUGAGACUCGGCGCUGUUAAGCAAGUUGUGAUCGAGGAUGGAGAGCACACCAUGACUUUCGAUCACAACCUUUACAAAGUGGCGGGUCAUGUCGCAGAUUUCCUUGCUACCGAGUCUAAGCGUUGGGCCGAGGGGCCCCAAAGGCGACACAAUGAGUGGCUUCAGAAGAGCUUGGCGGAGAGGCAGAGUGUUGGACGAGACUAUGUCGAUGCUUUGACGGAGGAAAAGAAGAGAAUGAAACCGGAUCAGAGACUGGGGAAAUUGUAG